UCACAAAACCACAGGCGGGCUCUGACAACUCACCACCAUCGCCAACAUUCCCUGAGAGCUUGUUGCUGACGACAAUAGCCCGACGACAAUAGCGGCGACGACGACCAACGACGACCAGCACUACCACGGGUUCAAGCCUGAUGGGCAUCGCGGAGCAAUGGCAGGCGUUCCGCACCGUAUGUGCAGCGCCCAUCCCAGCAACAUUCCUGGCCCUGGCGGCCAUGCAGAGUGCUAUCGUCAUCACGAUCCAGAGCAUCGUCCUUAACAACUGGCUCGGCUGGCUCCUCCCGAAUGCCUUCCAGGGGCCAUCCUCAGACACCGUAGCCACGAACCUGUUCCUUCUCAUUUUCGGCCUCGGAUUUGAGUUGCUGUACGUCUACGAUGCCAUACUCUCGCGAAGCACUGUCCAGGUCGUCCUCUCGUGCUUGCUGAAUGCGGGCCUGACGAUCCUCGCGGUCAUCCAGAUCCCGCAGGUCGGUGACGCUGUGGUCAGCCUGAAGAGCUCAUACGACAUCAACGCGGACCCCGUGGUCAAUCACGACUUUGAAUUCUGGACUGUCUCGUCGGGGCUGUUGAUCGCCAUUGUCGCGGUGCUCGCACUGUUCUCCCUCGUCUUGCCGGUCGCUGCGUGGUACCUCCGGGUUUACUUCUCCUGGCAGUCGUACCGCAACGUCAACCCUGACGCCAGGCUGCGGCGCAGCAGGCUCGUGCACCAGUCAUAUGUCAUGCUGGUGAAGCUGGACGUGUACUUCAUUGUCUGCUUCAUCGUCAUCUACUGCGUCCUCGUUCUCAGGGCAGUCGGGAUCGAAUUCGUCCUUCACGUCGUUGGCGCACUCUCCGCCAUCGCCAUCCUGGUCCUCUCUAUCUGGUCGAGCAAGACGGAGCACAGGCUUGGAAUGUCAUUUGCAAUUGUCGUCUACAUUGGCGGACUAGCAUACUUUAUCUACAGGCUUAUCACUGUGUACUCGCCGGGACCCGACCACUUCCGCUACGGGUCGGCAUCGAGACUCCUCACCAUUUACGGCGGCUUGGGCAUGAUAUUCUUUACGCUCACCAUCGUCAAUGCCGUAUACUGCAUGCUCAACUUUGGGUCCGGUCUCAAGAUGUUUCUGAAGGACUACGAGGAAGGGUGGAAGCCGGCGAGGCAGUCGGCCCUCGAGCUUCCCAUACAGUACACCCAAUACAACCGGAGCAUGGAGAGGGAUCUGGACAGUUAGGAACAACUUACCAUGAGGAUAUUAUUCCUUGAUCUGCACUAGGUGUAGAUGAGCCAUCUGCCUGCUCGUGAGCCACAUCAAACGUGCCGCUGGUCGUGCCUGGCAUAAGUAAGGGUUCAGGCAUUCUGCUACUGCUGCCUGGUUCUCCUGCUUUGCUUUGAGGCUUCCGCCAAUGCGA